GACAUCGCCGUGCUGAGCCCCUACAGCGCCCAGGUGCGCGCCGUCCGGCGCGCGCUCCGGAACGCGGGCGUCGACUGCGCCGCCGUCGGCCUCGAGGUGUCGUCCGUCGACGCGAUCCAGGGCCGCGAGAAGGAGGUCGUCAUCCUGUCGACCGUGCGCGCCAACGCCGAGGGCAAGCUGGGCUUCGUCGCCGACUGGCGGCGCCUCAACGUCGCCCUCACGCGCGCGCGGCGCUGCGCGCUCGUCCUCGGCGAC